AUGACACUUUUUAAUUCAAUUUCAUCAAUUUCAAACUCAACUGGUUUAUCAAAACAAAGUUUAAUUGUAAAUGUUGAUGGUAAUACAAGUUCAAGUGGUGGUAAUAGUACUUCAUGGUUAGGUGGAUUUGAUGGUUGUGGUGGUUGUGGUGGAUUCGGAAGUUAUGGUGGUUGUAGGGGAUUUGGUGGAUGUGGUGGUUCAAAUUUAAAUAUUAUCAAUGUUGACAUUGAUAUUGGUCGUCGUCGUCGUAGAUGUUGUUAA